AUGUGCAAAAUUUUUGGUUCGAGCUUAUCCGGCCCAGCACUACAAUGGUACACGAACCUCCCGAAUGGAUCCAUCGAUUCGUUCGCUCAACUCACCGACACGUUUGUGGAGCAAUUCGCCAGCAGCAAGAAACUCGAGAAGCUGUCAGCCGACUUGUACAGGGUAUACCAGAGAAGGGGCAAGCCAUUGAGAAAAUAUGUCAGCAGGUUUAAUAGAGAGAAGAUUUCCAUCCUAGCAUGCAACCCUGAGACAGCCGUAGAUGCCUUCAGGAAGGGUCUCCUCCAGGACAGAGAGCUAUACAAAGAACUUACAAAGCUGGGAUGCACAACAAUGGAAGACGCCCUGGCCCGGGCAGUGAUCCAAAUAAGGUAG